CUUACUCGUCCUCAUCCUCUUCCCUGGCAAUCCAAUGAGAUUCAAUGCUAAAGAUUUGGCUUCGCUGGCCAGGCGACCGUCAGGUUGUUUUGACAAGGAAGGAAAAUUGAAGAUUUGCAGAGUGGUUGGGGAUGAAAAAUUAAUAGAACCAAAAGAGAGAUGGUGCCGACUGAAAGGAAAUCUGCUUUUUCUAAUGAAAAAUAAGACUUCUGAAGCCUCUGAAGUGGUAAUCCUGGAGCGGUGCUGGGUUGUGGAGUUCAGGAAUAAAACAGAUGUUUCAAUAGUCCUCAAGUUUCAGAGUGGAGAACCAGAUCUUUACCUUGAAGCUACAUCAAAGCCAGAUUGUGAAUCUUGGGCUGUGGCGCUUGGAGAAGCAAACUCGGAAGGCUUACGGAAUAAAAUUCAGCAGCUCCGGAGGUUGAUCAUGGAAAUCAAAGAGAGAGCGUCAGAUGAAGCACGGCAGUUUGUCCCUUCAUCACAAGUAAACAGUCUAGGAGAACCACAGUUUACAAGUAUUCAGAGAAUCGCAAAUGAGCCAAAGUUGGAGUUCAGUCUUGCAUGCAAGGAUCUAGUGGCUGCUACCCGUGAUCGGAAGCUGAACACAUUUAUACAAGUCUCAGUUGUGCAUCCAGCAGAGCACGUUCUGACGAGGUAUUCGAGCACUGAAAUCGUGGAGGGAACAAGAGACCCGCUGUUCUUGACUGGUGUGACAUUCCCACCGGAAUACCCCAUCUAUGAGGAGACUAAAAUAAAACUAACAGUGUAUGAUGUCAAAGAUAAAUCUCAAGACACGGUCCGUACCAGUGUCCUACCUGAUCACAAGGAGCCAAGAGCAGAUGUUGGACGAAGCUUCCUGGGAUGUACAACUUUUAGAGUAGGGGACUUGGUGAAGUCAAAGGAGCAACAGUUGACCCUUACCUUGAGUACUUCUGAUGGUGGAAAGACAGUAGGUACCAUUGAAGUCAAUCUUGUGAAGAUGGGAGAGAUAGAGGAUGGGGAAGCAGACGACGUCACAACAGAUGCACAGGAUCAAAAGUGUGCAUUGGUUCGUGAAUGUACAGCCCCUGAAGGCAUAAGUGGUAAAGACAGCUUACCUCUACUAAAUGCAGUGUUAAAAAACCCAAUCUGUAAGUUAUAUAGAUUCCCUACUUCUGACAACAAGUGGAUGCAGAUCCGAGAACAGAUGGCUGAGACCACCCUCUCGUUCCACGUUCCUAAAGAACUGAUCAAUCUGCACAUAAAGGAGGAUAUGAGAAGGAAUCAGGAACUUAAAGAGUUGGGAGAGCUUGCUCCUCACUGGGACAAUAUGCGUAAAAAUGUUAUUGCUCACUGUGAUCAGAUGUUGAGCUUGUACCAGGAUACUCUUGCAGAGCUCGGGAAGCAUACAGGUUCUUCCUUCAAAUCAAGCUGUAGCAAAGGAGAAAAAACAUUAGAAUUCAUUCCAGUAAACCUCCAUCUGCAGAGAAUGCAUGUGCAUAGUCCUCGCUUAAAAGAUGCUGUGUACGAUGUCAUCACCGUGGGAGCUCCAGCUGCGCACUGCCAGGGAUUUAAGAAUGGUGGUCUCCGGAAACUGCUGAGUAAAUUUGAGGCAGAACGGCGAAAUACUGGAUACCAGUGUAUUUAUUAUUCACCUGAAAACACAGCCAAGGCAAAAGAAGUUCUCAGCAACAUCAAUCAUCUACAACCUCUCAUAUCAAGCCAUGCAGACCUGCUGCUUAAUUCUGCACGCCAGCGUUCUCCAGACAGCUUGAAGAACUCUUUAAAGAUGCUUUCAGAAAAAACAGAGUUAUUUGUGCACGCGUUUAAGGACCAGCUGGUGAGAAGUGCCCUUCUAGCACUAUACACCGCCCGGCCUGGCUGUGUCCUCAAGAAACCAGUCGUGCCCAGAAACAGCAUAGAAGAAGGGGGUGAUGUACAGCAUCAGGAUCGUCCUUCUCAGAUUAAACGACAGGACUCUAUACCUCAUCAUUCAGAGUAUGACGAGGAAGAGUGGGAUAGGGUGUGGGCCAAUGUGGGGAAGAGUUUAAACUGCGUUAUUGCCAUGGUGGACCGACUGCUUGAAAAAGACAACAGCAGCAGCAUUAAUGAAGGUGAAAGCGACCCUUCACCAGCAGAUCGCAAGACGUCACACACAAGUGGUGACUGGUAUGAACAGCUUUAUCCCCUGGUGAUUACGCUGAAGGACUGCAUGGGAGAGGUGGUGACCAGGGCGAAGCAGUCGAUGACGUUUGUUCUGCUCCAGGAACUCGCGUGCAGUUUGCCGCAGUGUUUGAUGCUGACCCUAAGGAGAGAUGUCGUCUUUAGUCAAGCACUCGCUGGAUUGGUCUGUGGGUUUAUAAUGAAAUUGCACACAGGUUUACAUGACCAGGGCUUUUUACAACAACUGCAUACUGUUGGACUGCUUGUACAGUAUGAAGGACUCCUUAGUACAUAUAGUGAAGAAGCAGGUAUGCUGGAAGACAUGGCUGUGGGAAUUUCAGAUUUGCAGAAAGUAAUGUUUAAAAUCACUGAAGCCAAAUCAGAAGAUUUUUUGCCUGUUAUAACUGGAAGGCGCGAACAUUAUGUUAUAGAGGUCCAGCUUCCAGCAAAGAUGUUUGAGUUGCUGCCGCAAGAGAUUAAAGAAGGAAAGCUACUUCGCAUGUAUCCAGUACUCUUUAAUGUUGGAAUCAAUGAACAGCAAACACUUGCAGAGAGGUUUGGAGAUACCACUUUGCAGGAAAAUGUUAACCAGGAAAACUUUGAACUUCUGAAAGAAUAUUACAAGCUGUUUACAGAAAAAAUGCCUCCUGAUUGCCUACCGCAUUUUCAAGAACAAAAUGACUUAAAGGGUUUACUAGAAAACCUUCAUCAAAACAUCCAGGCCAAAAAGAGAAAGAAUGUAGAAAUCAUGUGGUUGGCUGCAACGAUUUGCCGCAAGCUGAACGGGAUCCGUUUCACCUGUUGUAAAAGUGCCAAAGACAGGACAUCCAUGUCGGUGACGCUUGAGCAGUGCUCCAUCUUGAGGGAUGAGCAUCAGCUUCACAAAGACUUCUUUAUUCGGGCGCUGGAUUGCAUGAGAAGAGAAGGAUGCCGCAUAGAGAAUGUUCUGAAGAAUGUCAAAUGCAGAAAGUAUGCAUUCAACAUGAUACAGCUGAUGGCUUUCCCAAAGUACUACAGACCUCCAGAAGGGACAUAUGGAAAAGCUGACACCUAAGUUUAACAAAAAUGUAAUCAGGAAUAUACAUCUAUGCUAAUUAGUGAAUAAAAAAAUUGCUGUUUAUGAGUUAUUAAUUGGCAAUGUGUAACAGUCAACAUGCUAUCUUUAUCAGGUUUAUUAUUUUAAAAUAAGUGCAGCUAGUCAUUGUAAAAUAAAACAUCGUGAAAAAGUAGUGGACUGAAUGUUCUCAAAAACAAAUAUUUUCAGUUUUUCUGCGCAAAUUUGAAACUUAGUAUGACCCAUAAGCCAGCUGGAAAUACUUCUUGGGUAGUUUGAAAGAAGAUCAAAAAGGGAAAUGUGGAUUGCUGUAGGAAUUGAUGUUAGCAAUUUAGACGGUGGCAUUUUGACUCUGAACCAAAACCUGAGAUUUAAGGGUUCUCUUCCUGCUGCAACUAGUGUUUUUGGGAAAAGGUGUAACGCCUAGGUUUUGAUCACUAAUGAUCAAAUCCUCCACGGACCUGUUUAUGAAAGAUGCUAAUCUUGAUCUCUGGGUUGAAUAUAAAUUUGGUAAUUGCGUUUUGCUGCUUUAGAUAAGCAUGGUAACUAUAUAAUAUAUUUUUAAUAAUUACAGCACAUAAUUUCGUUUUGGUUCCUUGCAGUUCAUUUGGAUAUAUCAUUCUUGGCUUUCUGAACCAUAGCCAAAUACUACCUGUUUCACUUGCACAUAAAUCACAUGGAAAUCAGGGGAUUAAUUCUUCGGGUUAAGGUGACCUGAAUUUGACCUGUCAUGUUCCUGUUUGCCAUAAACCCUGAAACUAAACUUUUGUUAGCAGUAGGUAAAAUAGUUGUUAUAUAGAGGAGUUAACACAUAUUUUUAGGCUAUAAGAACGUAAAUGUUUUUACAAAGCCUAAGUGUUAUAAUUAGGGUAACCUGCUGUUUUAGGACUAGUUAGCUACUACAGCUGAUUUAUGUUAAAUAUGUAAUGCUGCAUGUAGAUACUCUAGGACAAAAGACAACUAUCAACUUUUUAAAAUAAUUUUAGUGCUUCUGCCAACUUUCGUUACUCCUAAAUUUGUCUUGCAGAGAGCAUCUGUUUUUUUUUAAUUGUAUUCAUCAAUUUCCUUCUCCUGCCCUUGAAAUACAAUUAAAAAAAUAAAGUAUUCAUUUGACCUUUAUGUAAUAAAUGCUUUCAUUCUGAGAAAAAAAUAUAUAGAGCAGAAACACGAGAAUUUUAUCCAUGUGAAACUGCAUCGGAAAUUUCAAGAUCUGUAGGAAUAUGUAUUUGCCAAGGAUGAAGAGGUUAAUGUUUGCUUGCUCUUAUAGAAGCCACAGAAGUCUUGAUGCGUGGUGAAUUAAUGUUCUUUUUAAUCUAUUAAGAUACUGAGUAUAAAUCUGUUUAGUAUACUAAUAAAACAUUUAUUAUAUAAGAGCCUGAUCCUGCAAGUUAUAAUUGGGUGACUACAUGAAAAUGAUCUGGCAUGUGAGUAAAAUUAAACCUGCCUUGUAUAUUUGCAGGAUCAGGCUUUUGGCCAGCUAAUAAAACAUCAGGAAGAGAUCCUCAUUCCAACAUUCAUUGACUUAGGUGAAUUCCAGACUUCACUGAUCUGAUAUAUUUACAUAAUGAAUUGGAACAGUUUUUCAAAGUAAAAUAUAUCACUUGAAUAGUGUUUUGGUGCGUUUAUCAUUUGUUCAUGUUAUAUGCCUCCAUUAGAAUGUUCUGUCAUGCACGGUUCUUUUUUCCUGCUGCAACGUGUUACUUCACAGUAGCUGUCAGAAGAGUCAACACUGUGUUACAGAUAAGAGCAGGCAGAUGAGAAUAUAACGCCUUGAUUUUUCCUGUCAUAUACCAGUAGAAGUAGGCACUGCUCAGUGAGAGGAUGGGUGGAUGUGUGCAUAGAUUUGUGUUUGUAUUCGGAUAUUUAACCGUUACACAGCUGACUUGUACAAAAUCUUAUUUGCAGGUUUACAGAGUAUAAGUCUGCCUAAGAAAGUAAUAUUCUGUUCUGUCAACCUGAUUGCUACAUUAGCCCCUACUAUCCUUUCUGACAUGUUUAUUAUUAAUGUUAAAAAAAAUUACAUGUACAGUUUAGAAACAGUGGCAAAUUCCUCAUGCAACUCUGAAGUAAUCCCAUAGAUGUAUAACAGAGAAUGAUGGCCUUUCUCCAGUAACUUUAAACAAUUGGCAGAAUUCUUUGGUGGAAUGGUAUUGUCUGGUAACUACUAUAGGUUCCUAUAGUACUUCACACCUGGGUAUUCUGACCAGUUCAAAAUAUAAAAUUCUUUAGACUUCUUCCUUAUCAGGAAAGUCCUCUUUCAAGAUCUUUCCUCAGCAUUUAAAUCACACUUGGGAUCUAAAUUGCUACUGAGUCUAUCAUAUUACCUUCAUAUUUAAGAAGUUUUCAAUAGCGAAGGCACGUUAGUGCAAAAAAGGCAUUAAUUUUCUAUCCUUAUCUUAACAGCCACUCCCAGCAUGUCCUUGUGAAAUUAAACCAUCUGUUACUUGUUAAAGAUAAUCAGUGCACUGCCUGAGACUUUGUUGGGCUUGGGCCAUUACAGAAGUGUAGCUUGAGUUUUGUUUUAAACAAAGCUGAACUCUUUUAUGCCAAAUUUUUGAUCUGAAUAUCUUUUUGUAUGUUACUAAGACCCUUGUAAAACCUGCUGACACGUUCCAAGUGUCCUAGAGGAACCUUGUUACUUCAGUGCUGAAGUAUGCAUUAAGCUCAACGUCUCCUCCUUUGUUUCCAAAGAGGGAGUGUCACUGCCUCCUGUGGGUCUGUUGCAGCUUAUAUAGGCAGAGGCUUUGUUACCAAAAAUGCGUUGUCAGCUAAUCAUUGAUGCAAAACUAGUAUUUUUUUCCUGGUUUGACUUUUAUCAAGCAACAGAAAGAAGUUUUUUCUGCAGGUUAAUAGCUUUGUUACAAAUUGGAGUGUAUUUACUGUGUGUAGAAGUUAUAUUCAAGCCCUGUAUAUUGUUUAAGUGCUUAACAGAGGAGUUAAGUUAUGCUUGAGGUCUUGCACAUAUACUUGUAGUUCGCUGUGAAUAUCAGAGGAGUAAUGUUUUUAUGAGCAGGUUACACUACUGAUUUGCAAAGGGUUAAGGGAAACAUACUGAUUUUAAUGGCAGAUUCAUGGAAAAUACUCUAUAUCUGCUUUCUUAAAGCUCUUGUAAGGUAUGAAAUAUUCUAUUCUGAGGGAAGGACAAUAUUCAAGGUCUAGAAGAUUAACAUUUAAAUAUAUAUCUGGCAUCUAAAACCACAUUCUGCCCAUCUUGCUCAACAAAGGUAUUUGUAUAAAUAAGGCAAUCAGGAUCUGCCUUGAGGAAACCUGAAGUAACAGUUUCUAGCUUUGAAUAUCUGUACGCUGCAUUGCUACACACUUGUAUGAGGUGUUUGGUUUUUGGUUUUUUUUUUUAAUACCACAGGUUAGUAUCUAAAUAGAAAACUAGUUUAGCAUGCCUAGAGAAGGGGAAAGGAAUGUUAAUGUAAUGUUUUCUCAGAGAUUAUUGUAAUAGUACUAUAAUAUAUAACAUGUACAGGCCUAACAUUAGUAAGCAGCCAGGUCUUCUGAAAUCUUCUUUUGGGGAGUUUAAAGUAUGUUCUUAUCCAUGUUUAUAGUUUGUUUUUUAUGGAGCAGUUAGGAAGCAAAAUUUUAAUUACAUUAUCUGGUUUUUUUCUAUAUGAAGCUGUGUAUUUGGAUGGCAUACUAGCAAUGUAUGUGUUACAAAGAAUAAAUAAUAUAGAAGGACAGCUGAAGCCAACAAAAUAAUAGCUAAGAGCAAGCCUUAAUGAAGUCCUAUGCACUGUUAGUUUUUGCACUGCCCAAACUUUUGGCAUUACGUAAGUAAAGCAAGGAAAUUAGAGAACAAACUUCUGUGUCUAAAACAAUCCUGAUGAAAAUUAUUAUUUUAACUGAAUUAAAAUGUAAAUCAUCAUUAGGAACUUAGGUGCAAAGGAGUGCAGCAGGUCAUUUUGAAGCCCAGUGUAUAAUAUCCCUAUUUUGAUCUUCAGAAAAUAAACUCAUUUAUAUUUCUAGUUUUAAAAGAUGUUCCAAGAAAUCCUAUAGUCAGCUGAUCAAAAAAAAAAAAAAAAAACAGGAAAUGCACUGAACAUCACCAGGUGUAAUAAACUCUGUUAAAAUCUAUGCAGCAAAAUAACUUGUUUGAGUUAAUGGAUGCAACCGGUUAACAAUCUUAAACAUAUAUUGUGUCAGCUGGCUAUGUUGCAGACUUGAAACCAUUGAUAUAUCUGUAUUUAUGCUUUUUUUUAUUGUAAAGAGGAAGUGUACUGUACAGACGAUACCGUGAGACAUGACUUUUCAUCUUGUUUUUCACUUAUUUGCAGCUUAAAAGCAGAUGUUUACAAUUAAAGUGCUUUAAAGUCAUUAACUGUUCUUUAAAACAUAAAUUUACCAUGUAGAAUGUAUUUUUAAAAAGCAUCACAAACUGUUUUGUUAAAAAAAAAGGAAAAAAGAAAAAAAUUCCCAGAUUUCAGUCUCUAGAACAUUAAUGGUUUUUUCCUUAAUCAUGCAACACAUCACCAAUGACUGUGUUGUGUUGCCAGAGUUCAGCUUCCACUCUGCAGCACUCAAACUUGUAUUUUCCCUUCCUCUCAAUAUCAUCUACUGAGUAAGUAAUAAAACAAACUAAGAAGAAUUUCAGCAUAUUACUGAUGAUCCAAGAAUAAAAAACGCAUUUGCUCAAAUAAACAUGAGACUGAAUACUUCGUAACAGGUAAAACAGAAGAUACUUGUGAAUCAAUGUAUCCAUGUUCCAAAGAGCUUAAAAACAUAAAGCAGGAGCGUUUGUGUGCUGGCAGGGAGAAAGGGUUAUGGUAGAAACGGUAUGAUAAUAGGUGCUCUCAAUCUGUGGGGUUUGGAGCAGUGGGAUUUGGACCAUGCUGCUCCAAACUUCUGGCAAUGGUGUUUUGUACUCUUUCCAUUUGGCGUGCCAAUUAUUUCAAAAGUUGUUAGAUCUUCUGUUUUGUUUAUGAAGAGUCUGACUUUAAAAUUUCUAAAAUCCGAGGUUACUUUGGUACUCGUUUUCAUUUGGUAUAGCUGUUCCACUGUAAGGGUCCUGUCUCACUCUCUGGAGUGCACGGGGCUAUUGGUAUUAGUAACAUUAAUAGGACUUUAGUCCACAGCCUGUUUAAUUCAGAGAAAUGAAGCACAACUAAGCAAUUCAACUUUUUUUGUACUACAGGAUUUAGCAUUUUUGUUUCAUUGCUGUCUGCAAGCCAUGUCCAUUGUACACUGUGUGUAUGUUUUUAUUUAAAUAAAUGUGAUGUUUAUUUUUUAUGUUUCUGACUUUUUGUGUUUGUUACUCAUUUUUCAUUUUCAUGACAGUGCCGAUGUCCAGAGGGCAGAUUCUGCAUGAUGCUAAGAAGGGGUUCACUCUUAAAGGAUUCAGUGAAAGCCUGUAGGUCUGAUCACUGUUCAAAGAGCAAGUAUUUAAGAAAGUUCUGAUGCAAGAGUAAAAAGCUUGCAAUGACCAUAAACGUUUCUUUUGUUCCUAGUAUUACUACAGUUUUCAUCUCAUAGCCAGGUGGGUUUUACAUUUUCUAAUUAAAACCAAACACAACAUUCACAUACUCAUAAAGAAACCCUUUCACAUAACUACUGACCUGUAGAGAGUUACUCAAUGUAAUAGAGGUGGGAUCAACGUCUUUCAUAAUGAAGCCUCUUAAAAAUGCAAAGUGGCAUGCUUUAGCUGGUAUGUUAUCUUCAUUAUCUCAAGGCUUCUUCCCGGAUUCUAAACCCUGGAAAAUAAACACAAAUUGCUUCUGUUUUUUUUGAUACACAGAUUUAUUAUAUUAUGUAUCUUCACCAUUAAAGGUAAGUUCUCUGUGGCUGGCUGAAAUGUAGCUGAAAGCUUGUUUUGGCUAUAGAAUACAGUAAGAUGUGGCUCGACUUCUGUGUUGUUAGUACUAUGAUUAGAAGCUUGUUGCUUGAUUUACUUCCUGUGUUUGUAUGUUUAGUUGCUUUACACUGAUAAACUGAGACAAUUAAUUACCUCUGUGGUUCUUGAUUACCUUUAGAAAGCAGCAGAAACUUAUGGGUAUUAUGGUAAUAAGUUAUAAAACAUCUGUUAGCAUUCCGUCUAGGAA